AUGAAUAGCAGUGUGGAACUAUUCUCAGUUGCCCUGCUGAACCUGACUGCAGAGGAGGGUGAAUAUGGUCAUGAGAAAAUAUCAAACACCCUCCAUACAUUGGGUUGUUACCAUCCAGAGACAGUGUUGAAGAGUUGCCAUGACUAUCUAUCCAAACAUACCACACUGACAGUCCCACAAGGGGUUGUCAUAUUAGACAGCGUGACAAAGAUUAUCAAGGACACUAUUGACCAAAUAAGCCAAGCAUUAGCACAGAAAAUUAUUUCGGUGGCUACACUCUGGAUGACAUUCACAGGAGCACAAGCUGACAGCCAGGAAGCUGCAAGCAAUCUCCUGGUUGCCAUGAGCUUCAGAUUCAUUAAUGAAGUUGUUCAGUUGACGAUGGAGAAUUUCAAACAAGGACAUCUUCCCCACGUGUACAUGGUGAAGACUUUGAGCAAAAUGUCAAUACAAAAUGUGUCAGGCAUGCUGCCUUUUCUCAAAUCUAUUAUGGAAACCAUGAUUCCAGUUCUAAUUGGAGUGAAGGAUGAGGAUUUGAAAUCAGUACUUGCCUCAGCAAUGGGUAGUUUUAGCAAAAGCAUCCUGAUCUAUCUGGAAAAGGAGAAAGGCUUAGACCCUACAUCCAUCAAAACGACAUUUUCCACCGAGAUCAACAUUGUCUACAGUCUGUUGUUCAAAAUGUGGCUUGAGAAGGAGCAUUCCAAGUUGAACAUCCCAACAGUGGAAGCUCUAGGCUACAUCAGCUCCCUGCUACCCAAGGACCGACUGGAGGAAGAGCUGCCCAAGCUAAUCCGAAGCCUUCUGUCUUUCACUAAAAAACAAGGGGGGCACUGUUCAAUCACAGAGUGUCUCUACCAGGUACUAAAUACUGCCACAGAGAUGAGGUGUCUUAAACUGAAGACACAGGUAGACAAUGUGCUGAACAAUCUGCAUCAGCAGAUUUGCCUUUCAGUGGACUUUAAUAACCAACUUGCUAUGAAAAACCACUCAGAGAUCCUUCGCUGUUUCACAGUUCUGGCCCCAGUUUACACAGAUGCAUUGAUCAACUUUAUUUUAACUAAGUUAGAGAAUACUGACCAGCAAGUCAGAGUAGGCACACUCAGUGUACUGAGACAUCUCAUCAGCUCAGCAUCCCCACACAUUGAACAGAAGGCAGCUCAGAUUGUAGCUGCAAUAAAACCGACUCUCCUGGACAAGGGCAGCAAUCAGGAAAAGAAGAUCAUUGCCCAGGUAAUAUGUGCCAUGGCCCAACAAGGUUACCUCAAGCCGGAAGGAGGAAAGGUAAUGGUGGAAUUUCUCAUCCGACAGUGUGCCACACCUGUUCGUUCAGGGUCCCCAGUAUCAUCUGACCAACACCUAGAUCAAGUUACAGAUGAAGAUUUAGUUACAAUAUGUGAAACAGUGAUGUUUAUGAUCACAAAUUCAGUGAAGAUGGAGGAUAUACUUUGGCCAUUCUUAUUAGAGUGUGUCACAAUGACCCAAUACACGCAAGCUUUAACAACAAUCUGCAAUUGUUUAGCACAGCUUGGGAAAAGGAAAUUGCAAACUGGCAAUGAAAGCUUAUCAGUUCAAUACAGUAAAGAAACCAACCUCCCUAAAGCCCAGGCACUGCUAGCCCGGCUCCUCAUUGUGUGCUGUUGUCCAUAUCAGGGAGGAGGCCGUGGAGCUGCUGCACUGAGACUCUUGCAAGUCCUGAGCUUCAAUAUCCACCCAGCAACAGUGACAGGGUGGGGAGAGGAACUUCCCUCACUAGCUGAUUAUUUACUGCAGAAUUCGGAGGAAUCUCUUCCCCAGCAAGAAUGGGAGAAGAAACUCUUGCUGUUCUUGUCCAGAUCUCUCAAUCACAUUGGUGACGAGGAAUGGACAGGUAAGCUGAGCGACGAAAUGUGCAGACAAAUCCACACUGACCAUCACUCCCCACAAGAGAAAGGUUUUCUUUAUAAAUCUCUUGGCACAGUGCUCCAUCAUGUUCCUCAUAAAAACAUAAAGGGGAAGCUUCAUCAAAUGCUCCUCAAUGUUCAGCACAGUGAGACUGCAGAGAGAGAAGGAGCUGCUGCUGCCAUUGGUUUCUGUGCUAUGACCCAUUUUGAUGAUACGCUCAGCGCCCUGGAAGAGUUUGCCAAUUCGAACAGCUUAAAGAACACAAGUAACUUCUUCAAUAUUCUUAGGGAUAAGCCUGAGGUGGAUCUGGAUAAAGUGAAGAGCACACUGGUUCUGUGCUAUGGGAACAUGGCCCUCUAUUCACCUGAGGAACUAGUGCUCUCCAGAGUCGAAAGCCACAUUCUGCCUGCUGUGGUUAACCAGUUUAUGACUGGUGUUCAGGGGACAAAGUCUGAAUCCAAGGAUCUCACACUAAGGAUAAGCCUAAUAAAAACCGUGACUCUAAUAGCCAGGUCUCUACAGUCAAUUCAUCAAAGAGUUCCCUUCCAUUUCAGUGGGAAAAGACAACUUUUGAAAUACAUGCAGGAUCUUAUUGAGGCUGAGGUAUCACAAGUACUGCUGAACCCUGUGCGUCUUUUAGCUAUGUCUGCCUGCAUGUAUCUUGUACAGCUACACGGUGACCAAGAGGACACUUUGCAACUUAUUCAGACCUGUCUAUUAAGUACUUUCAGCUUGGCCCCUUCAGAACUAAAUGAGGUCAAAGCAACUGAUAGUAACAUCAAGGAGAGAGCCACACUUUAUAAACAAACCCUGACUGCUCUGCAAGACCUUCUGAAGCAAAUAUUACUUCAAGAUCUGUCCCCUGAUGGUCUUCAGUCCAUAUUCACACAGCUGGAAGAGUGGAUCAUGUCAACAAAGGACUAUGUACGUGAGAGGGCUAUGAUCAUGACCUUCGAGCUCCUGAACUGUUAUUUGGAGAAUCUCGAUGUUAAAAAUGUAGUGCCGUUAAAUAAUAUGGGGACUUUGAUUGGACGAGUGAUACCACGCUGUGCAGAUCCAUCACCAUCCAUUGGCCAGCUGGCCAUGGACAGUUUACACAUCAUCCUGUCUAUUCAGUUCUCGUAUGAAGGCACCAAUUUGCAUCAGCAUCAAGAGCAAUUAGACAUUCUUAAAUCUGUCCGAGAAGCAUUUGUCAACACUGACCAUUCAGUCCUCUUUCAAACAGCCAGUCAGAUCAGUGAGAUCAUUUCAAACUCUUUGCCCCAUGACCAAGUAGGAAAUCUACUUUUUGCAGCAUUUAAAGGACUGACUGACCCUCAGCCCAACUGUUCCAGUGCAGCUGCUGUCUUCCUCAAAACCAUCAUAAAAAUGCGUGGGAGUGAACUUCGGGACCAGGUCUCUGAGAUACUUAACCUGCUGAGAGUUCAGCUACAGUCAGUCCCUUCAGAGGCAGUGAAAUUUUCUGUCCUACGUAGUAUUGCCAUUCUAACCGCACACAACACAUCAACAGUUGUGUCUUGUCUCCUCACUUUCCCUGUUCCUUUGGAUAAGUAUGUCAGUGACAUCUGGAGAACAUUGGCAGAGGAGCCGGAAUGUUCCAUGAAUACAAUGAAAGAGCUGCUGAAUAUACUGAAUAAACAGUUGCCAACUGGGGAAAGGAGAACAUCCCCCUUAACUGAACAUCUGGAUCAAUAUUCAACUCUCGAAUCUCUGGCAGCAGUGUGUGCUUUGUAUGAGAUGAUAACCACACCCGAGUCACGAGAGGUUGUCCUUAAGUUAUUCCCCCAGUUAUUCAGCACCCUGCUCAUCCAUCACAGCUCCUCCAUCAAAGUUCGCCUGCCCAAGGUUUUUGUUCCCCAUCAUGAAUCCAAACAGAGAGAUUUCUCAGCAGAAUCUCAGUCGUUGAGCAGUAAAGAUGUCUGUGUGAACUGUGUCGAGAUGUUAAUGGACCUGCUGAAUAUGUCAAAUAAUCAUCAAGUGGUGCAUUUCAUGCAAGAAAAUGGGGGAUGGGAUCAGAUGAUGGACCUACGCAAGUCCCACAGAGGGGUUAUUUUGCUGGCAAAAGCAAUGGUCCGAUAUGCUGCUUCUAAUCUGACAGGGAUUGUUGUGCAACUCUCAGCUCUCAUCCUGACAGUAGAAGAGUGUCAGAAAGUUACUGUGGCUGCCUUCUUUGGAGAACUCUUAAAGUCCCCACAGAUCUCACAGCUUCAGCUUACAGAUACCCUGAUGAACAGGUUGCUAAGGUGCCUAUAUAGCUCAUCUUCAGUUGUUCAGUUUCUGUGUGUCCGGGGCAUGAGCAAUGUUACAACUGGAGCUCCUCACCGACUCGAGAAAUAUUCUCGGCCAGUGCUCUGUGCGAUGACCGGUCUGAUGGAAACUGGGGAGAAUGACAAUGACCUGCUCAUGUUCGAGGUGUUGUUAUGCCUCUCAAAGCAUCUGGAGCAAUUGAGACCAAAUACCAUCAGACCUUUCGUCCUGAAAAUCAUGACUGGCAUUGAACCAUUCUUUGAAGCCAAGUGUGAGAAGGUGCGGGCUGAAGCAUUUAUUGUGUUGGGGCGCUUAGUCAAGUGUGCAUGUAAAGAUCCCAGAACCUACUUCCACCAACAAGUACAUUCUCACCUUGUUUCUUUGUUGCUUCACCUGGGUGGAAACAGUAAGGAAGUGUCAAGAUCAUGUGCCUCAACACUUCGAUUGGCAAUUCCCCUCAUUGCCUCAGAUGAUGCAUACUCAAAGGUUGACAAGCAUUUAGGUGAGGAAACCCUGAACUACACAGGAUUCCUAAAGGACAUUUCCAAACAACUCAUAAAAGAUGUCCCUGAUAGAAUCCACACCUACGUCACAGACUGUAUAUCCUUCUUCACCAACCAACAAGAGCAGAUCCGAGCAAAUGCAGUUACUCUCUCAGCAUUCUUUUUCCAACAUCCAGAAGAACAUUCGAAACCUGCUCAAAGAAUCACAUGGUGGAAAAAAUAUAAAUAUUAA